ACACGGACAGAGCUCGAGCACUAGGAAGCCACACAAUACACCACGGACCGCCAGAGGAAACACCUAACGCUUCGUUAUUUUGUCCCCACCGCUCCUCAACUUGGGACAGUAAAUCGUUUUUUUUUUUUCUUUUUUGGGGGGGGACUAAACAAAGCUUUGAUAUCUGUAGUUUUGCACCGUUUUUGUUACUUUUUUUCCUUUCACAGAUCCGCGCACAAGAAGUCGGUAAAAUGGUCCUUUUGUUUUGAGCGCGCUCGUUCUCUUUCUCGUUCUUUAUGUGCUUCCUCGAACUGAAAGAUCGUUUUUUUCCCCACCUCACCAUGCAGUAAUGUGUCGCUCGAUAUUGGCAGACUAGCGUCUGGAAUCGCUUCUCACCUGGAACCCGGGCCUGAACGAACGCCCCAAGAUGUUGACACAGACUCGCUAAGCACCCACCAAGAGACCGAGGCCUCCACAGCCCCUGACCCCCCUCCCCCUCCUCCCCCCCACCCCCAACACUUCCUGCGAGCGCGCCUCCUCCUUCCUCCUUCCACCAUGUCGAACCUCAGCAACGCCCUGUGCAUCGAGAACGCCCAGAAUUCGGACGUGUCCCUCCUGCAGAAGGACUUGCUUCAGGACGGUGGAUUAAGCCAGCUGUUGGAUUACAAUGCCGAGAUGGAACGCUACCGCUCCUUCGCCAACUUUUACAAAAACAACGGCGGCUUCCCGCAGGCCGCCAAAAUCGCCCGCAUCACGACGCCCAUUUUCCCCAGCGCCAGGAUCGGAAUGUCCCCAUGGAACUGCGACAACGCCAUGCUCUGGGGCAGGAAGUCAGCUGCCAUGAACCCUAACAGGACCGGCAUGCACAGGAACGACUCCCAGAGGCACGGCAAGCCUGGCUUGUCGCCAGAGACGCUGCAAAUGGCAAAUAAUAAUUUCCUCUCUACCUUAUCCCCCGAACACUGCAGACCUUUAGCCGGGGAAUGCAUGAACAAGCUGAAAUGCGGCGGCGCCGAAGCAGAGAUAAUGAAUCUCCCGGAACGCGUCGGAACUUUUUCCGCCAUCCCAGCUUUAGGGGGCAUCUCAUUACCUCCCGGGGUCAUCGUCAUGACAGCCCUUCACUCCCCCGCAGCCUCCGGUGCCGUCACAGACAGUGCGUUUCAAAUUGCCAAUCUGGCGGACUGCCCGCAGAAUAACUCCUCGGGUUCCGGCGGGGGAGGGGGGAACCCGGCCAAGAAGAAGAGGAAGAGGUGUGGGGUGUGCGCUCCCUGCCGCAGGCUCAUCAACUGCGGCGUGUGCAGCAGCUGUCGAAACCGCAAGACGGGCCACCAGAUAUGCAAGUUCAGGAAAUGCGAUGAGUUGAAGAAAAAGCCCGGUUCCUCGCUCGAGAUCCAGGCCCUGCCCGGUGCCUUGGCUGCUCCACCCCAGAUCCAGGCCCUGCCCGGUGCCUUGGCUGCUCCACCCCAGAUCCAGGCCCUGCCCGGUGCCUUGGCUGCUCCACCCCAGAUCCAGGCCCUGCCCGGUGCCUUGGCUGCUCCACCCCAGAUCCAGGCCCUGCCCGGUGCCUUGGCUGCUCCACCCCAGAUCCAGGCCCUGCCCGGUGCCUUGGCUGCUCCACCCCAGAUCCAGGCCCUGCCCGGUGCCUUGGCUGCUCCACCCCAGAUCCAGGCCCUGCCCGGUGCCUUGGCUGCUCCACCCCAGAUCCAGGCCCUGCCCGGUGCCUUGGCUGCUCCACCCCAGAGGCAGGCCCUGCCCGGUGGGGAGGACGAGUGA